AUGCGAUUAACGUACAUCCUCACGGCGGUGUUCCUAGCCACUCUCUACGCCAGUAGCACCGCACUCCCGGUCAAGAAUUUCAAGACCAUUAUCAAAAACGAAUCCCCACUCGAUCCCGUCGAUUCCGUAAACGUGAAUGAUGGGCGGCUGCUGCGCGGUCUCGUAAGCCCCGCAUCGGACGGAAAUGGUAUUGAAGAAGAAAGAUUCCUAACGUCGCUGUUUCAAGCAUUGGCAAGACGCAUGAAAAUAAGAAGAUACGUAGCGAAGACAGGCAAACAGGAGCAAUGGCUAGCUCGACUGAGAAAGAAACAUGGUGUCGAAAAUCCCUGA